UCUGAGCGCGGAGGGGAUUUUCCCGCAACAGAGCAGGAAGUUUAACACCUGCGUCAGUGUUUCGGAAAAAAAGGCUUCUUUUCACUUUGUUUUUGAUGCUCUGGCUAAAAUGGCAGCAGCGAGGCUGACUCUGGAAUGGCUGAUAAACAUGAAGUUGGUUUUAGCGCUGCUGGUCUUACUGGAAGCGAUGGGCUCGUCGUCCAUCAGCAUUAUAUCUCAGCAAGCGAAGCUGAAAUGCUCGCGACAGGAUGUGGACUGUAAAGCCAGUUACAAUAACUGUAUGGACUCUGGGUGGCUGAUCAGUCACCAGUACACCCCCAGCGGUCCAGACGACCUGCAAGUUGCUAUAGAAACAAGGAUAGACAAAACAGGGAAACUGCAGCCUGUCCUUCAGGCUAACUGGACUUUAAAGGAUGAUGGUAGCAUACAUUUCCUGAAUGCCACUGAGCUUCAUGUUCUUCGGAUGUCCACUAAUGAGCAGCGGUGUAUUCGAUAUUCCUUCAAAAAACGUCUCGACAUGAAAAGCCCAUCAGAAGAGAAAUGGCUGUUCUCCUCUGAUGUUCUGGUGCUGAAUCCUGGUGAGAAGUAUUAUGUGUCUGUCUAUAACAUCCCCAGACCAGAGCAAGGCCACAGCAACUAUGACGUCAGCAGACAAAUUCAGGUCCCAGGAUGUGACCACGCCAACAUGAAGAAGACCCAGGUUUGCAUAGAGAGAGGAAGUCUGUGGAAGCCUAACAUCAGCCUGGUUCAUGAGCCAGUCAAUGGCUCCCUGGCUGUCAGCUUCAUCCCCAGCACUCUGUGUAAGGAAUACCUGGUUCUAAUGAGAUGUGGCUCCAUCACAGACAGCACCCCUGUGCUCAUGGAGAAUCAGGAGACAGUGAAUGUACAGUUCAGUCUUCACAAAUGGCCAAGAUUCUGCUGCCAGUUUGAUGCUGAGAUUAAACCUUUUUUCCCACAAUGUGGCAACGACUGUACACGUCAAAGAAAAACUCAUAACUUUUGUUCAGAGAAAACACCUCAGGCAGAUCUGCUUCCCCCUGGGUACUUGUUUGUUCCCAUUGCAGUGAUUUCCAUCUGUAUCAUAGUGGCAGCAGUGAUGUGUGUCAUUUGCAGAAAGCGCGGUAAACAUUACGUUGCUACUCCACCAAAGGACGGUGAAACACAGCAGACGCCACUUAAACCACAACCCAAAGUGCUGGUCAUCUACUCCCAGGACCACCACCUUUACAGGGAAGUAGUGCUUAAGCUGUGUGCCUUUCUUCAGGCCAAAUGUGGCACCAGGGUGCUGGUAGACCUGCUGGACUCCUCCUCAGUCAGCAUGGUUGGCCGUCUCCGCUGGCUGGAGUGGCAACGGCAGCAAUUAAACAACCCGUCCGACAAGAUCCUGGUACUGUGCUCACCUGGAGUUCAGGCAAAGUGGAGAGCGAUGUGUGGUCAAGGCCAGGUGAAACUGAAGGAAGAUGUACUUUGCCCCACAGAUGACAUCCUCAUUCCGUUUCUAAAUCUCUUCCUGCCUGACAUGCAUCAGGCAGGCAUGUUGGGCAAGUAUAUGGUGGCUUACUUUGGGGACAUCAGCAGUGAGAGGGAUGUACCUUCAGUUUUUGACAUCGGAAUCAAAUACAACCUGAUGAAGCACUUUGAGGAACUCUACUUCCGUAUCUUAGACAUUGAGAAAUAUCAGCCAGGUCAGGUCAGCCACAUCGAGGGAAUCGGUGUGGAUGAAUAUUCCAGCUGUGCUUCUGGUAAAGCCCUUAGAGAUGCUAUUGAAACCUUCCAAGCCUAUCAGAUAGAAAAUCCGGACUGGUUUGAAAAGGAGUGUGUUCUCAGUGAAGAGGAAGUCAUUUGUGAAGCCAACCAGCUCAUUGAGCCACUGCAGACCCUUCCUGUCUUUGAGUACAUCCCUCCUAUCAGAGAUGGCCUUCCAGUCUACAUUCACAACGUUGACAUUGAUGAAAGCUGCAGCACUGUUCACAUCCUUACACCUGAGUUAAACCCAGGGCAGCAGAUGUCUUCAGUGGCAGAGCUUGUACCAGCGAUGAAUUCUGACUGCAGACGUCUGUAUGCCCCAAGCCAGGUGGAAGUGUUGACAGAAGUCCCACUGUACCACCACAGCACUGGGCCAGAGUCUGUGUAUGUAGCUGAACCUGUUUUCAGGAGCCAGUCUUCUGUCCAACAGAACUGGGUGUCCCUCAGGGAACCAUCAUCUGUUCCAAAGUCUGCUGAGGAUGAUGAAGCUUCUUUGCAGCAUAUGAACAAAAGGCUGUAUGUCUAUUCAGACCAAGUACAUUUGGCUCAACAGAACUUUUCUGACACAAGUUCUCUUGGAUGCCCCAGUUCUGUUGUGCAGAGUGAGAAUAUUUCCUUACCUGAACUGAGCCUGGCUGAGCCUGUGGAGAUGGAGGAGGAUAUUGAGCCAGGUGCAAAACGUUCCAGCAGUGGAUCUGACCAGGGCUACAGCUCCAAAGGAUCAUCCCAACAUGAAACCCCUUUAGAAGAGGAUCCAAUGAAGGCUUUAGCCAGACUGCAGGAGGAGCUGUUUCAGAUUUCUGACAGCUGAUCACAGUGCCGGCCCUUCAUCUCCUGCUCUAACAGACUGUGGUGACUUUCUAGGCGAAGCUUUUUUACCCAAUGCCAAGUUCUUCAGACCCUCAGAGACAUUACACUUAAUGCUCAAAUGUGACUUUUCAGAACAAGCUGAUAUACCUGGACCUGUAAAGCAAAACAGACAUUUAAUUGCAUUUCUUCAUAGACAGAGUAAAGAGUGUUACAUCUUUCACUUUAGGUUUCAUUCUCAUUAACUCUGCCCUGUGCCAAAGUCCCAGUUCCUGCUCGCGACACUGUUUGCUUGUGGUAUUCUGAUCCUGUGUAUACUGAUGAGACAAUCUGAAUGAUUAAAAUGUCUUAAUGUGAUAUAAGAAAAAAGAAACUCAGAACAAGAAAUUCAACAAACAGCUGAGCUGAGAGCAACAUGGUUCUGUUCUGUUAAUGUAUGUAGUAUGUUUGGACUGCAUACGGUUGAAAACAGACGUUUACAUCCACUGAACAAAAAGAUACAAACACAGACAACUGGUAGGUUUUCUUUUUAUUUCAGUCUUCAACCACAUAAAACUCCAUCUUAAACUACAUUGAUUAGAUCAAUACAGAUACAGUAUACAGCACAUCUGGGUUGGAGAUAGUAUUGUUAUAGUAGCUAUACUAUAACAAUACUAUACUAUGUAUAUAUUACAUAAUUGAUUUAGAACAAUUCUAAAAAUCAAUACUGUACUUAGUACUGAUUUUUAUUAUUGUUUACUGUCUUUAUGUUGUUUGUGAUGUAUGUAACAUAUUUCUCUUGUAAAUGAGACCAUGAGUCUUAAGAGAUUUUUUUUUCUGUAUAAAUAAAAGAUGGUGUAAGAAAAGGAAAUGAGCGCUCUGACUCCAGGACUCGUGUGGAUCUGUUCUCUCUGUGACAGGCUCCUUCAAACAUCCAGAAAUGGUUUUGGUCCCAUCAGAACUUUUUGCUACAUGCAGGUCACAGCUUCACUGCACUCUGGCUGGAUGAUUUUGGUAUUAAUCUGGGGUAAAGGUUUUGUGCUGCUGGAUUAAGGGAAUUCAAACUGAAUUUGCUUUUACAUGCAACAUAAAAUCUAAGUAAUACAUUCAUACAAACGUGACAGAUGGGCAAAUGACAGAAUCAUUUCUCCACAGGAAUUUUGUCCAACUUUCCUCCAGUUUGAAAUGUUUCACUGAAGGUGAAGACAUAUGUGCAAAUAUUGAGUUGAAACAUU